AUUGGAGUAGGCCCAGUACCGGUAUUAGCAUAGUCUGCUAGCGCUAGCGCUAUAGCAUGCGCAGUGUAUUUGUGUACCGUACCGGUACACUGGUAUUAUCGAUCUGACUCGCUGCUUUAGCGGAGUGAAACAUUUCAGUUAUGAACUCUUGGACAUUUUUCGAUUUCUUCGCGUCGGUUUGUUGAAAAACAUUGAAGUGAAUAUGAAAGUACACUUAAGGUCAUGGAGAUAGUGGAGUAUAUAAUAUUCUUCUGAACGGAAUCGUCUAUUAGUGACAUUUUAUUUGUUUCUUUGCAUACUGACGAUGUCGAUGGGAACGAAACUGUGUUGUGGACCCGCGGAGCCGUGCCUGCAGUUGUGUUGAGGUUUCACUAGGGACGCUUGCCUGAUGCCAGUGAGUGACGCCGCCGUAUCCAGGAUGUGCGGUGCCCCGAGAGUUCGGGGGAAGAUGUGUUGUGACGAGCGGACAAUGUGUAGAGGCUCGCAAAGCCCAAACUUGUUUGAAAUGAUGUCGCGGUCCAAGAGGAAAAGAUGGACAAACAUGAUGCCUGGAGCGUUGGUGCUAUAUUUGACUUUACUUUGUAUGUUUCCAGGAGGAGCAAAGGCACAAAAUAGAGCAACUACAAAUGAUAUAAACUUGUUUGUUGAUGAAAAUCAACCACCUGGGACUUAUGUGGGUUCUGUAGCUGAGGAUGGUGCAACUAGCAACUCGUAUUCAUUUCUAUCUUCUCCUCCAAAUGACUUUGAAUUUCAGCUCAAUAGUAGUACAGGAAUUAUCACCACUACAGUACGCAUAGAUAGAGAGUUAUUGUCAAAUGAUUUGUUCAUACUUCCAGUGGCAGUAGCAACAUCGGCUGCCACAAAUAUUGUGGAUGUUAAAAUAACGGUCAGUGACUUGAACGAUAACUCUCCAGUUUUCCCUCAACCUGUUAUCAGUUUGUCAUUUUCUGAGAAUGCGGACAGUGGAAGUGUGCAGAUUCUUCCAUCUGCUAUGGAUGCUGAUAAAGACAGUAACGGCUACAUCAGCACGUAUCGGAUUGAAAGCGUGAGUGGAGAAGGAGAUGAUGUCUUUUCGCUCCAAACUUUCCGUCCUCGUGAAGAUGCCGAGUACACAGUCUCACUUGUCACCAACUCACUUCUCGACAGGGAGACGGAGGAUUUUUACAUCUUGAAUAUUUCAGCUACUGACAACAGCUCAACCCCUAGAACUGGUUAUCUCAUUGUUAAUGUCACCAUCACAGACGUCAAUGAUAACUCCCCAAUUUUCACCCAAACGACCUAUGUUGCUACAGUCAAUGAAAGCUCAGCAGCUGGAACAUCAGUUGUGCACCUCAAUGCUACCGACAUUGAUGAAGGUUCAAAUGGUGAGAUAGUGUACCGUUUGAAAAAUGAGCAAUCUGAUAACUUUGCCCUGGAUCCUGAUACGGGAUGGAUCACUCUUCUUCGUCAGUUACCAUAUACUUCUAAUGGUUAUCUGUUUGAGGUCACGGCUACAGACAAAGGAUCACCUUCCCAAUCGAGCUCUGCAUUUGUAAAGGUUAUGGUAGAGGAUGAAAAUGAUAACAGUCCUGUCAUUAUGGUGUUAACUCAAGACAUUGAAGCCAGUGGUGUUCAUCAAGUUAGUGAGACCAUUAUGCCGGGACCUCUUUUCACUCUCAGAGCCAUGGAUGAUGACAGGGAUGACAAUGGAAGGGUUUCUUUGAACAUCUAUAGUGGUAACGAACGGAAUGACUUUUCAGGGAGCUCUAUUCCUCUGCCAACUGGAGAUGUGGUCUUCAUCCUCCGGGUAUCUCAAACGGCUAAUAUCGAUAGGGAGAUAACGGCUUCUUACAACCUCACAUUUGUUGCACAAGACAUGGGAACACCGACCCAGACAACAUACAGAUCCAUUAUCAUUUAUGUUGUGGAUGAGAAUGACCAUGCCCCUGAGUUCCUCCAGGGAUCUUACCAUGCCCUCCUUUCGGAAUCGUUGCAGAUUGGCAGUUUUGUGGAAAGUGUGACUGCUACUGAUGCAGAUGUUGGAAUCAAUGCUGAUAUAGUCUAUUCCAUAACUGGAGAUGAAUAUGGGUGGUUUCAAAUAGAUAAUAAAACUGGACUUGUGACAACUAAGGAAGAGCUGGAUCAUGAAACAGCCGCCCAGGUCAUCCUGACAAUAACAGCAUCUGACCAAGGCCUGGAACCCAUGACAAACACCACCACCCUUACCAUUGAUAUCCUCGAUGAGAAUGAUGAGUAUCCUGUCUUUAACCAGAGCAUAUACAGUGAGACUGUUCGUGAGAACUCUCCUGGCCGGGAUCUAGUUCAAGUUCUUGCUACAGAUUUAGAUAAUGGAGUGAAUGGAGAAGUAACCUACACCAUUAGCAGUGACCAGUACUCUGACAUUUUCAGUCUUGAUUCAGAGAGUGGAUUGCUUCAAAUAACAGCAUCUCUAGAUCGUGAAGAACAAGAUUUAUAUGAACUUGAAAUCAUUGCAUCAGAUGGUGGUGUUCCUCCACUUCAGGCCACCGCUACUGUCAAUAUCGCUGUGUUAGAUCAAAAUGACAAUCCCCCUCAAUUCUAUCCCACAGAGUACUAUGCGAGUAUAAGGGAGAAUGAACCAGCUGGACUCUUUGUUACCAUCGUUUCAGCAACAGAUCUUGAUGUCGGUGUUAAUGGAGCAAUCACUUUCUCUCUCUCAAACUCAUCAAAGUUCCAGAUUGACAGCAGAUCUGGAAACGUUACCACGCUAGAGUCACUUGAUAGGGAGCAGGAAUCCUCUUAUACCCUUACAGUACAUGCUCAAGAUGGUGGAGGAGAAUCUGCCACUCAACCAGCAACAAUCUAUGUCUCUGUCACUGAUACCCUUGACAAUCCUCUUGAAUUUGAAUUAAACCCUUACAGAUUUCAGCUGGAAGAAAAUCGCCCUAAUAGUACAGAAGUUGGAACUGUCCUAGCUACAAGUAUGGAUUUGAAUGUAGAAAUCACAUAUGCGAUUGUCAAUGGAGAUCCAAAUGGACUGUUUGUGAUUGACUUCUAUUCUGGGGUCAUCAAGACAAGGCGUUCUAUUAACCGUGAAGCAUUUGAAUCUACUACUUUCCGAUUGACAGUUUUAGCUGUUGAUGGUUCUCAGAAUGGGCAGACUGUUGUUGAGAUCGAGAUCUUGGAUAUCAAUGAUAAUGCACCAGUCUUUGCACUCCAGGAAGAUCAGGUGGAUGUGGUUGAAAACUGGGCUAUUGGAUAUGAAUUCUACGCUGUUCAAGUUACAGAUGCAGAUAGUCCUCCAAAUAAUUUGAUCCUUUAUGACAUAUCAAUGAACUUUGACAACCGCUUUGGCAUCAAUCAUACUUCUGGAGUGUUGUUCUUGAGUAAGGAUCUUCAAAGCUACCCAGAAAAGGAGUAUAAUCUGCAAAUCCAGGCUACAGAUUAUGGCACCCCUCCCCUGUCUUCCAGUAUGAACCUCCUUGUCAGCGUACGAGAUGUCAACAACAAUGCUCCCGUUUUUGCCGACUCUAUUAACACAACUCUGAGAUUAACAGAAUCGAUUCCUGUUAACAGAAUAGUCAUCCAUGCUUUGGCCACAGAUGCUGAUGAAGGUACCAAUGGUGAAAUCACCUACAGCAUUGCCAGUGGGAAUACAGCAGACAGCUUUGGUAUAUUUCCUAAUGGCAUGGUGUAUGUAAAGAGAGCACUGGACAGGGAGCAGGUUGACCAGUAUGACCUGGCUAUUGAAGCUACAGAUGGUGGUGUGCCAUCCAUGACCUCUACACUUAUGUUAGAAAUUAUCGUUCUUGAUGAAAAUGAUAACCGACCUUUCUUUGACAAUGCCACCUACAAUUUCUACUUAUCAGAGGAAGCUGGUGUCAAUGCAUUUGUUGGUACAAUCCAUGCAGUAGACAAUGAUGUCGGUAAAAAUGGAGAACUUACAUACUCUUUCACAGCAAAUCAUAGUCUCUUUACACUUAACCCUAUGUCUGGUGCCAUAACAUGUAAAGUGAGCCUUGAUAGAGAAAGCCUUGUUGAAUCAGGCCAGCCAACUACCUUUUCUAUUCGUGUACGAGUCCGUGAUGGUGGACAGUCGCCCCUUCAAGAUCAUGCUGAUGUGAACAUUCAUAUUGUUGAUAUCAAUGACAGCCCUCCAGCAUUCAACCGUGAGAGUUAUCAGGCCUCCGUUUCUGAACUAGCUCAGAAUCAAACAUUGAUCAUCAGAGUCAGCGCCACAGAUGACGAUGUUGGAGAUAACGCUAAUAUCCUUUACAGCAUCAUCGGUGGAAAUGAAGAGCGACAUUUUCAUAUAGAUCAUGUACAUGGCCAGAUAAUCCUUAUUGCUCCUUUGGAUCGUGAAGUAACUGAUAACUAUGUUCUAAGGGUGAAAGCUCGCGAUGGAGGUACUGUUCCGCAGGAAUCGUUUGUUGAUGUUGAAAUCACAGUCCUUGAUGAGAAUGAUCACCGACCUUCAUUUGAUUCAAAUGUGCAGAGAGAGAUUGAGGUUACAGAGUGUCUGCAAAUUGGUGACAUCAUUGGUAGUGUCCGAGCAACAGACAUGGAUAUCAAUAGCAAUGGACGGGUUUCUUAUACAAUCACUGGAGGUAAUCUUGAUGGAGUAUUUGGAGUCAACAGCAACUCUGGAGAAGUGUACUUGACAGGAUUCCUUGAUCAUGAGGCAACAUCCCAGUACUUGCUUAACAUAACAGCUCGCGAUGGUGGCAGUCCUUCUCUUCAGGCUGUUUUAUCCUUGGUCAUAAAUAUCAGAGACUGCAACGAUAAUAGUCCUAUCUUUGCUUAUGUUGGAGUUCCUGAAAUUGAUGAAGAGGAAGCUGAAGGAUUUCAAGUUGUUAGAGUCAGUGCCUCUGAUUCAGACUCUGGAGUCAACGGUGAAGUACGAUUUUCCAUUUUAAGUCAGCGACCUGCCAGAGAUUUCUUUGCUAUUGACCCAGAGAGUGGCUGGAUCACCACCAGUAGUCGAAUUGAUAGAGAAUCUGAAGUGAUAGCUACAGAUCAGUUCAUCCUCACUGUCCAUGCCACUGACCUGGCUGUCCCUGUGGAGAGUAGGCGUACUGCCACUGUUGAUGUUGUCAUCUUUGUCAGAGACAUCAAUGACAAUGCACCAAGGUUUACUUCUCAGCAGGCUGCUGUCAUUUCCAGAAGCACCUCAACAAACACCAAAGUGGCCACAUUGCAUGCUGAUGAUCCUGAUACUGGUGUUAACGGGCAGGUCACCUACACAUUGCUCUCAACAGGGGUGCCUUUCAGACUGGACUUGAACUCAGGUGAUCUGACCCUUACACAGACCAUUCCAUCAUCGGUCAACCUCUAUUCCUUGGACAUUCAGGCCCAGGAUGCAGGCAGCAACCCCCAGCAGCAGAUGACCACCUUCACCCUGACAAUAAUCAUCUCAGACGGCCAGAGCUCUGUGUUGAACUAUGUCCAGAGUUCUUACUCUGGAUCAGUACGUGAGAAUCAACCCUCUGGGACUGAAAUCGUUAAUGUUGUAGCACAGUACUCUGAUGGCCGCUCUGCUACGGUGAGGUACUACGUUUCUGGUGUGACUGCGGGAGGAGUCAACAAGGGAAACCUGAUUGUUGCUAGUCCUACCAAUGGAAUUAUACGUACUGGUGAUGUCCUGGACCGUGAAGACCUGGGAGGAGGAUCAUCUCUAGUGGCUACUGUCUAUGCUGUUGACACAAGCUCUUCAUCUUCCCAUGUGAAAAGUGUGCAGGUAAGAAACUGAUUUUAAUAAUUCUAUCUAAUGAUAUCAUCAAACCAAAAAUUAAAUCUCACAUAGGCUUAUAAUAUAAACUUACAUGGAUGUCCACAACCACUGGAUGGUCCCUAACAAUAAUAUAACCAUUGAUAUUGUUAUUUUCUAACUUGAUUCUCCAAACUUGUAGUGAAAUACCUGUUUUACGGUUUCAUGAUAUCAAAGCACCAUGUCAUUCCAUGUUGAUUAUGCUGUUGUCAUUGACUUUGAUGCUUGCACAUUUGAAAAACAGAGAGUGGAAGUGAGAGAGAUAUUGAAGGGGUGAGGGUGGCUGAGAGUGAGAGAGAAAGAGGUUUCAUAAUACGAAAGUGGGGGUUAAGACACCAGAUAUAAACAUUGACUUUCCAUUUUCCACAGGUAAUAGUGAUGCUCAAAAGCUGUGAAUACCUUACCCUCUGACUGGGAAAUUAAAUCUGAUCUACCUUGCAUUUAAAUUGUGAUCUUAAAAGCAUUUUGAACUACAUGU